UAAGAAAAUCUUAAGGAGAGAGCUUUCUGAUAAACAAAAGAAGAAAAAAAAGAAACACCAAAUAGAUAUUAUGGCGGAGGGGCAAUCCCCGGAGAAUUCACCGCCGUCACCUACACCUCCUUCUCCUCCCUCCUCCGACAACAACAACAACAACAACAAUCAACAACAAUCUCCUCCGUCUCCUUCCUCCUCCUCAACCUCUCCUUCAUCUUCACCACCAGCUCCUCCUCCACCGGAGAAUUCCUCCGAUGGUUCCUCCUCCUCUCCUCCACCGCCUUCUUCAGGCUCACAAUCUCCACCAUCGCCACCACAAGGAAACAACAACAACAACAAUGGUGGCAACAAUGACAACAACAACAAUGGUAAUAACAACAAUGAUGGCAACAAUGGUAAUAACAACAAUGGCAAUAACAACAAUGGGAACAACAAUGACAAUAACAACAACAAUGGAGAUAAUAACAACAAAAGCAAUGGGGGAGGAAAUAACAAUCGUUCGCCUCCGCCUCCUUCAAGAAACUCCGACCGUAACUCUCCUCCUCCACCAAGAUCUCUGGCUCCGCCUAGAUCAAGCGGUGGUGGCUCGAACUCCUCACGUAACGAUGCACAGAACACGGCUGCUAUCAUAGGAAUUGCUGCUGGUGCUGGAUUGUUGUUUCUUGUUAUGAUAUUGUUCUGCGUCUGUUGUUGUCGCAAGAAGAAAAAGAAGCAUCAAAUGCCUGACUAUGCAAGCAAUGGUUACGCCACGAGCAAAGGUGAUCAAUACCAACAACAACAACAUUACAAUAACCAAAGCGAUCACGUAAUGAACCUGUCUAAUCAAUAUCCAGGAUCAAACGGUAACAACAACUGGAUGAGCUCACCGCCUCCACCUCCACCCGGAAGCUGGCAACCAUCGCCACCACCACCACCACCGCCAGUUUCCGGCGGUAUAAACAACGGAAACAGCAGCGAUAUGAGCUCAAACUACUCAGGUCCACAUGGUCCGUCUCUACCACCACCUCACCCUUCAGUGGCUCUAGGUUUCAACAAGAGCACAUUCACCUACGACGAGCUAGCUGCAGCAACUCAAGGCUUCUCUCAAGCAAGACUCUUAGGGCAAGGCGGGUUUGGGUAUGUUUACAAAGGAAUACUUCCUAAUGGGAAAGAGAUCGCUGUGAAGAGUCUUAAAGCGGGAAGCGGACAAGGAGAGCGUGAGUUUCAGGCCGAGGUUGAGAUCAUUAGUCGAGUUCAUCAUCGGUUUCUUGUGUCUCUUGUUGGAUAUUGUAUUGCAGGAGGGCAGAGGAUGUUGGUUUAUGAGUUCUUACCUAAUGAUACACUUGAGUUCCAUCUCCAUGGUAAAAGUGGUAAUGUUCUUGAUUGGCCUACAAGGCUCAGGAUUGCUUUGGGAUCAGCUAAGGGACUUGCUUACUUACAUGAAGAUUGUCAUCCGAAAAUCAUUCAUAGAGACAUUAAAGCUUCAAACAUUCUUCUUGAUGAAUCCUUUGAAGCCAAGGUUGCAGAUUUCGGGUUAGCGAAGCUAUCUCAAGACAACGUUACACAUGUGUCCACUCGUAUCAUGGGAACUUUCGGGUACUUGGCUCCAGAGUAUGCGUCGAGCGGGAAACUUACAGACAGAUCAGAUGUUUUCUCUUUUGGAGUGAUGCUUCUAGAGCUUAUUACUGGACGUCGACCUGUUGAUCUCACUGGUGAAAUGGAAGACAGUCUAGUCGAUUGGGCAAGACCCUUAUGCUUGAACGCAGCUCAAGACGGAGAUUACAGUGAACUAGUUGAUCCAAGGCUCGAGAACCAGUACGAGCCUCAUGAGAUGGCACGAAUGGUGGCAUGUGCUGCAGCAGCCGUGAGACACUCAGCUAGACGCAGGCCUAAGAUGAGCCAGAUUGUUCGAGCUCUGGAGGGAGAUGCGUCGCUAGAUGAUCUAAACGAAGGAGCAAAACCGGGGCAGAGCUCAUUCCUCGGGAGAGGAUCGAGCUCAGACUAUGACUCGAGCACUUACAGUGCUGAUAUGAGGAAGUUCAGGAAAGUGGCGUUGGAUAGCCACGAGUACGGUGCAAGCAGUGAGUAUGGGAACACGAGUGAGUACGGGCUUGACCCUUCUUCCUCGAGCAGCGAGGAGAUUCGUAGAGGAGGAGCUACCAACAACAAAACAACUCAUAGCCGAGAGCUUUGAUUUAGCUGUUAGAUUCAAACAAUCAACCUUGCUGUGUUUUUGUGUUUUGUUUCCCUUUCGAAAUUUUUUUAAAACUCUUUUUCUUUUCUUUUGUGUCAGAUUCUGACCGCUGGAUAUGUGUUUAUGUCUGUGUGUUUAUUUUUGUGAAGAAAAAAUUCAAACUUUUGA